AUGACGAUUGUUUCUCAAAAUACUUUUGAUAAUCCUGAUUUAGUACAAAAUAUAAUUCAAAACGGGAUAAAAACCAUUGUAAUAUCAGGACCGGACAUUACCAAUGUUGUGAAAGGAGACUGGGCUUUGGUAAUCGAAAAAAUAUAUUUUCGAUCCUCAAUUACGGAAAUUCCAGACGCUUUAUUUUACAACAGUAAAACAAUUCGCGAAGUAGUUUUAGAUAAAUCUGUAAAGAGAAUUCAAACAACUGCAUUUGCACGUUCUACAAUAUCAAAAAUUAACUUAGAAAACGUUGAAUACAUUGAAGACAAUGCAUUUUCAGAAUGCGCGAAUCUAGAAACGAUUAGUGUUAACUACCAAACUUCAUCAGGAGUAUUUUCCAUGUCAGGAUUAACUUCGAUCAAGUUUUUGGAUAAUGCUGUAUCUGUUCCUCAAAGAAUGUGUAUGAAUUGUUAUAACCUAAAAACUGUCAAGCUGAAUCCUUCGAUUAUUGAAAUAGAAUCCGAGGCCUUUUCAGGGUGCUUUAAGCUAGAUACGAUCGAAUUUAAUGGCGCACCAAUACAGGCUAUUAAUGAUGGGGCAUUUAUUCAAACAUAUAAUCUUAAAAAUUUUGUUAUUCAGUCAACAGUCGAAAAAGUUGGUCCCAAUGCAUUCGAAAAUUCAGGAUUAACAGAAGUUACCAUAGAAGAUCACAAAGAAAUGCUUAAUUUAGGUGAAAUUUGUUUCAAUGGCUGUUCCUACCUUAAAACAAUCAAAAUUGGAAAGAACAUAUCAAUAAACAAUGCAGAAUCAGUGUUUUCUGGUUGCUACGCACUCACAGAAAUUGAAUUUCAAAAUGAUAUUGAAAUGAUCGGUACAAAUUGUUUCAUGAAUUGCGCUAAACUCAAGACAGUUAAGAUCACUGGCAUCACCUUCUUAUCAGAAAGUUGUUUCUAUCGCUGCGUUUCGUUAGAAUACAUAAAUCUUUCAUCUGCAACAUUUUUCGACGAUGACUGCUUUGCGUUCUGCUUUAACUUGGAUACUGACAUUCCUGAAGUCUUUACUGCAAGAGAUAAUUCUUUUAAAUGGUGUUCAAAGUUAAAGAUAAAAGAUUUCAAUGGUGAAUGUUCAGGAAAGUCCACAUUCAUGUACUGCAAUUCUCUAACAGAGAUAAACAUCAUUAAUAACAAAGUUACAAGUGAAUCUACAUUCGCUGCAUGUGAAAAUCUAGAAAAAGUAACAAUUUUAAGUGAUAAAAUAAUCAUUGGCAAAAAUUGUUUCAUGGGAUGUUUCAAACUGAAAAAAUUAGUUUAUUCAGGAGAGAUGAGUGCUAUUUCAUCUAAUGCUUUUUAUGGUUGUCCAAUUGAAGGUGAAUUUGUUUUGAAUUUACAAACAUUUGGCCUUAUUUCACGUUGUGUUGCAUUUGCAAAGAUCACAUCAGUGUAUAUAAACACUCCACAGUUAUUGGAUCCAUCUUCUUUCUUUUAUAAAUGCCAAGAUUUGAAAACAAUAAGAAUUGGUUCAGAAACAACAAGUUUUGCAGGAAUAUUGUUUGAAGAUUGCCAGAAUAUCGAAAACAUUGUAAUAGAAAGUGGUAAUUCCAACUUUGUCUUUGAAAAUAAUAUUUUAUAUUCAAAUGAUAAGAAAAUCUUAUACUUUUACUUGCCAAAGAACACUGCAACAGAGUACAAUGUUCCUCAAUCUGUUGUAUCGAUAUCUCGUGGUUGCUUUAACAAUAAUAAUUAUUUAGAAAAAAUUACUAUUGACCAUCAAUGUUCAUUAGGUAAAUAUAUGUUCUUAGAAUGCCAGAAUUUGCAAAAAUUCAAUUAUAAUCCAAAGAUUGGCUACUUAUCUUUUUAUCAAAAAAUGUUUUAUAAUUGUUUCAACUUAGAAAAGGUUUAUUCAUCAAUUCCUGUAGAUGCUGUGGAGGAAUAUUCAUUCUACAACUGUACCAACUUGAAAGAAAUUAAUUUGGGAACAGUUAUUUCGAUCAAAGCUAAUUCAUUUGAAAAUUGUGAGAAUCUCGAAGAAGUUGACAUUACAAAUUGUAUAACUAUAGGUGUGAGUGCAUUCACGAAGUGUUUGAAUCUAAAGAAAGUAACAUUUAGCUCAAAUUUAGAAACAAUUUCAAAAUUUUCCUUCAGGUUCACCAAUUUAGAGAAUGUUGAGUUUCCAAAAGGAUCUAAGGUUAAUGUAUAUGAUGGAUCAUUCUGUUAUAUCGAUCAUAUCCAUGAUUUCAGAGUUAAUUCAGACUUUUUCAUUAUAAGUGAAUCCUCUUUAUGCGGAACCCGAGUAGAUAACUUCUAUUUCCCUGCAACACUGACAAGAUUCCCAGGUGAAGCACUUGCUUCAUUGUCAAAUCGUCCAAAAGUCAACAUUGAUCCAAAUAAUCCAAAUUUUGUUGUUCAAGACGAAAUUGUUUAUGAAAAGAACACAGGAACAUUUGUUUUCAAUAUCAAUUUCGGUGAAGACGGCGGAACAAUUGAAAUUCCACCAUACGUCAGAUACAUGGAAUAUGGUUCUGUUGUCACAACUUCUUUCCUUGAUAUGAAUACAGGAAGAAUUGUUUCAAGAGGUGCAACCACUUUGAUUGUUCCUGAAAGCGUUAAAGAGAUUGAUGAAAAUAUUAUUGUUCUUCCAAAUAACAUAUAUCACAUGUGUUUCAAAGGAAGAUAUUUUGUUGAUAACAGUCAAUCUUCUGAUACAGCAAAUCCUUAUAUUUAUGUCACAGAAAAUUACAAAAUUCCUUAUUUUGCAAAACAAAUUCCUUUGAGAAUUCCAUGUGGAACAGUAGAAUUCAGUAGUUUAAGUUUUAGAAAUGUCUUUGGAUUGUCUAAGACAGAGAUAUUCAUGAUCAUUGUCAUUCUUUUGGUUUCUUUCGCUUUGAUAUCUUUUAUUGCUUACUUCCUUUACAAAUAUAAGCAGUUAUGCAAGAAGAAGAAACAAGAAAAACCAAAUGGACUGAAAGGAGUUCCUUAUUCCGAUGAUGAACCAGACGUCUAA